GUUAUGACCAAAGUGCAGUCAUUUCACACAAACAAAUCCUCCUCAAUAACAGAUGCCGCCGGACUCCGCCGUCGCCAAGACCUGGAAGGGUCUCCUCCCCCCGCCGGCGAAGCCGCCGCCGUCGGCCAUCAAUUUCAUGAGAACCUUGCUUGCAAUCUGCAUUUUCUUGGUGUUUUCACUCUGUUAUCUCUCCAUGUUCCCCACCGUCCGAUUGCGCCCUAACUUCUCCGAUUCCGGCCACAACCUAAUCAACGUUUCGCAGGAGCGCCGGCGAUUCACCGCCGGUGACGAUCAGACGAAUAUCUCCCACAUUCUCUUCGGAAUCGGCGGGUCGUCCGACACCUGGGGCCGCCGCCGACAUUACUGCGAGCUCUGGUGGAAGCCGAACGUGACCCGCGGCUACGUCUGGCUCGACGAGAAACCGAGCGAUUCCGGCAAGGGUUGGCCGGAAACCUCGCCUCCGUACAGAAUUUCCGAGGACACAACCCGGUUCAAGUACACGAACUGGAUCGGGUCGAGGUCGGCCAUUCGGAUCGCCCGGAUUGUGAAGGAGAGCUUCGAGUUAGGGUUAGAAAACGUGCGGUGGUUCGUAAUGGGCGACGACGAUACUGUCUUCUUCACGGAGAAUUUAGUGAAUGUGCUGAACAGAUACGACCACAACCAGAUGUAUUACAUCGGCGCCGUGUCGGAGAGCGUCGAUCAAGCGCUGGUCCAUUCCUACACCAUGGGUUACGGCGGCGCCGGAUUCGCCAUCAGCUACCCCUUGGCGGCGGAGCUCGUCACCCUCCUCGACGGCUGCAUUGACCGCUACGCCGCCGCGUACGGUUCCGAUCACAAAAUUGGGAGCUGUAUGAGCGAGAUCGGCGUGCCACUUACCAAAGAAUUAGGUUUUCACCAGAUGGACAUACGUGGAAGCGCAUUCGGAUUGCUCUCGGCGCAUCCAUUGGCGCCGCUGGUGUCAAUGCACCACCUCGAUUACGUCCAGCCACUGUUCCCAGGUCGGAACAGGGUGAACUCCAUGAAAAAGCUCUUCCAGGCUUACGGACGUGAUCCUAGCCGGACAUUGCAGCAAAGCUUUUUCUACGACCCGACGAGGAACUGGUCGGUUUCAAUUGCCUGGGGCUACAACGUGCAGCUCUACCCGUUCCCGAUGACGGCCCGGGACCUCAGGACCCCGCUGCAGACGUUUCUGACGUGGUCCUGGAACCGGAAGGCCUUCACCUUCAACACGAGGUCCACCAGCAUGAAGCCCUGCCUGAGGCCAAUUAUUUUUUAUCUUGAUCGGGUCGAGAAGACGGAGAAUGGAGACACCAUGACGACGUACACCAGGCCACGCCUCGAUAUCCGGCGGCGCUGCGACCGGGAUAAUUUCGCGGCGGCGCAUUCGGUGGUAGGAUUUAACGUGACGGCGCCGGUGCUUGAUCCUCUGGUUUUUCACAAGGCGCCACGUCGACAAUGCGCUGAGUUGCUCAACGGUCCAGAUGAAGCCGCCGGCUUGGUACAUAUUCGACUAAGAGGCUGCAAGCCGAGGGAAUCGGUAACACUCCCGUAAGUCACGGCUCGAGAAACGGCUGGAGACUGUUUGGUAAACCUGAAACCAGUAGAUACGCUGCUACGCAUAUUUUGGUAGUAAAUUCGGGAUUUUUUUUAGUUCCCAAACACCAUAUAUAAAUCAUACUUACUCUC